AUGCUACGUGGACGAUCACAGGGCUGGGCUUCGGCCGUUCCUGAGACGGUGCUACGAUGCUGGUACUCGACAGGCCCAGUACGUCGUCGAGCGCCUGCACCGACCACCACCACACGCAAGGCCAAGCAUGAGCCGCCCCAAAGUGUGAUCAACUUCCGCAAUAUGCAGCGACGACGUGGUGAUACCUUCCGCACAGAUAUCCGAGUGGAACGCAAGGCUAAACAGCCGCCAUGGGAAAGUCUUCGGCAGCAUAUGUUUGCGACAUCGCACAAGAUUGCUAGUAUCGCGUCAGCCACGGAUAAAGAUGCGCUCUCGGUGUACAAAGAAGCGGAGGCGCUCUUGCACGAACGUAUGCUGGACUGGCGUGCUCUCUCUCGCCGCAUACGCGCCCGCGAAAAGUCUCCUACACCGAUCUCGCCACAGUACGGCGUACCUUCGUGGAACCAUGUGAUGCGUCUCGCCAUCCGCGCAGCCAGCCCUACUGGUGCAUGGCAUCUGUACUGCGAGAUGAAGCGGCAAGGUAUGCGUCCUACGCCGCGUACCUACGCCGGAUUCUUCCACGCCAUGGUGUCAAUGGUCCGGGACAAGAAGCUGGAGACGCUACGUACUCCCCUCUGGACCGACAGACUGGACAAGAUGUACCAAGCCAUGGAGCAGUUGCAUACGACCAUCGCCCGAGCCUCGCUCGAGAAGCACGGAGCGCCAAGCCAUCAGGAUCAGGACAUGCAUCCUUCCUCGCUCGCUACGGCCUACAAGGCGUAUAUUACAUUGCUCUGCACGCUGGGUCGGUACCGCACUGCCCUGGAGGUCUUCCAUGCGGUGUGCCCGGACGUGUACCCUGGCAUGGCCCCCUUGACGGAAGAGGAACGUUUGCCUCGCCGGUGGUUCGCUACGGUGGAUAUGUACACGGCCAUGGUACGUGACUUGGCCCUGUGUCGCAUGCCCGUCGAAGAGCGCCAGGAACUCGUACGACAAGUGUGGCGGCAAUGGCAGGACGAGGUGAUGCAGGUCAGUCGACGCACCGGUGCAGCUUUGCUGGAUACAACCGCGAUAAAGACCCUCGUUUGGGCCUUAGGUAUGGGCCGGCCACAUGGUGAUGUGCAGGACGUGUGUGCGAUGCUGGGGCGGUACAUGGGUGUGCGUUUCCCGUCUGUCCCUGGCAUGACAGAAUACGUCGCGACGGACAUUGCGCCCCUGCAUUUUGACGAAGCGCUGCUGAUGGAUGUGCUGGCAUUCUUUGACCGACGUGAGGCGUAUGGCUGCGUGAUCGACGUCUAUGCGCAUGCGAUGACCGAGGCGUCACGGUACGUCGAUCCUAGGGCAGUGCCGGAAGCGCAAACGUUGAACGAUAAAGCGCAUGCACAACUACAGCGGCCACGACGAUAA